GUACUACGGCGCCACCAUCCUGCAGAUGUCGGGAGUGCGGGAUGACAAGCUGGCCAUCUGGUUGGCUGGGGUCACAGCCUUCACCAACUUUCUGUUCACCCUCCUGGGGGUGUGGCUAGUGGAGAGGGUUGGCCGCAGGAAACUCACCCUGGGGAGCAUCAUCGGUAAGGGUCAGGGUAAAGAUGAAUGUAUGGAUCCUGAUGAUUCAGGGACACAUUUAGUGUAUGUGAAUAGAUGGCAUAUUGGAUAACAGUAUACCUUUCACAGAUAGAUUUUAAUGGAAUUACAUGGACUACGUGGAAUUACAGUAUUACAUGAAAUUGUAAUACAUGUAACUACACAGACACUAGUAGUAACCCAUAUUAUGUCUAAAGCAGUACACUGUUUGGUUAGACUGUGUGUGUAUGACUGUGUUGUUUUCUCCUAGGUACAUGUCUGAGUCUGUCUCUGCUGGCCAUUGGGUUUCUGCUCUCUGCCCAACACACCCCUCCAGUCACCCUCCACCCCACUGACCCCUCCAUGGUCAACUCCACCUGCAACAGACACCUGUGAGUACUCCCUGCUCUACUACUGUACUCUAUCUGCACUGUAGUCUACUGUUCUACACAAUACUGAAUAUGCUGUCCUAUUCUGAAAAUAUUGGUUACAUUUCAUGUUCAUCACUUUAUUGUUAAGUGCAGGAGUAAAAUAACUUCUCAAUAUGAACCUGAUCCACCAUGAAUCGAAACAUGGUCACUAAUGAACAUUUUACAGGACCAAUACAGUGUGUGGGUUUGUUUCUUAAUGCAUUUUCCUGUUCUUCCAUCUAGGACUAAAUUAAUGCUAUAAUGCGAUCUAAUUGUACAUGCUGUACAUGUUUCUGAACACUUACCUUGCAGAUUCAUCUCUCUGCUCUGAGCGUUUUUUAAAUUCUCCCAGUGGUUAAUUCUAACUGCAACAACAGACUCCAUUAGCGACAGUGCAACAGGCGUUGGGUCUCUGUUAAUAAAAAUGAUGGAGAGAUAGAGUGAAAGAGAGAGAGAAAGAGACGCUGUCUGCCUUCUGAAAGACUGAGCCACUCUCUGUCCUAAUUUACACAACAGCAUGUGGACGGAGUGUAUAAAACAGGACCACCUGCUAUUUCCAUGACAUAGACUGACCAGGUGAAUCCAGGUGAAAGCUAUGAUCCCUUAUUGACGUCACACUUCAAUCAGUGUAGAUGAAGGGGAGGAGAUUUUUUAAGCCUUGAGCCAGUUGAGACAUGGAUUGUGUAUUUGUGCCAUUCAGAGGGUGAAUAGGCAAGACAAAAUAUUUAAGUGCCUUUGAACGGGGUAUGGUAGGAGGUGCCAGGCGCACCGGUUUGAGUAUGUCAAGAACUGCAACGCUACUGGGGUUUUCACACUCAACAGUUUCCCGUGUCUAUCAAGAAUGGUCCACCACCCAAAGGACAUCCAGCCAACUUGACACAACUGUGGGAAGCAUUGGAGUCAACAUGGACCAGCAUCCCAGUGGAACGCUUUCGAGACCUUGUAGAGUCCAUGCCUCGACGAAUUGAGGCUGUUCUAAGGGCAAAAGGGGGUGCAACUCAAUAUUAAGAAGGUGUUCCUAAUGUUUUCAACACUCAGUAUAUAUUUACCAGCACUCUCUCUCGUCACUCACAGCUGCAACAAACAAGACAGAAUAAUUUAAGACAGACUUGUUUUUAAUGCAGGCGGAAUGGGUCUGCUGUUAUGUCAUUAGAACUACUCUCUCUGUGAAUGAACACACUCUCUGAAAUCGGUCUGCCCAACGCUUGCCGCACUACACACUCACGCAUGCACACACAUGGAUGCACACACACACACACACAAUACGUACACUCACACACACUGUAGAUUAUUUGCAAGUUAUCAGCGUAAAGAGCUGAAGUUAGCAUCUUCUCCAUUUAGAGUGGAAAUGUGUUCCAUUAUACCUCCUCAAGGAUCUUGUCUCUGUUUGUGACAUCUCUGUCCAAUCCUCCUCUGUGAUCACAGGCUGUGUGAGCCGUGUAUGUUGGACCCGGGGUGUGGCUUCUGUUACCGUGAGAACAGCACGGCUCUGUUCGCCUCCACCUGUGUACCUGUCAAUACAGCCUCCACUGAGAAGGCAGCCUGGGGCAGGUGAGCUAAAGGAGGCACUAAGGGGAGGGAGAGAGAGUGUGUGUGUGUGUGCGCAUAGGGCAGCAGGGGGCAGGUGAGUCAUAUAAUGCGCACAGUGUGUGGGUUUAUUUGUUGUGUGUUUGUGGAGGGGGUUAGUGGAAGGACUGGAAUAAGAUUCCUUGAAUGCUUGAGAAGUGGUUCUAUAAUACUGUACUCAUAGUACCCCUCUAUCCAUAACAUAGCUACUGUUGCUACAAUACAAUAACUGUCUUACACCAUGUUAUUCCAGGUGUUCCAACUCGACCCAGCUGAGAGUCCAUACGUACUGGGCCUAUAACUACUGUCCCACCUCCUACUCCUGGGUGGUCCUACUGGGUCUUGUUCUCUAUCUGGCCUUCUUCGCCCCAGGUGAGAGAGACAACACUGUGAUCUAUGUAUAUAUCUAAUUUAUGCUCUAUUUCACUUUCACUGUGGGGCAACUACUAACUAAAGAAAUGCAUCAUUAGAAAAUGUGAUAUCUCAUUUCAAGUUUGGCGUUAACGAUGCAUUGAUGUAAUUUGGGAGGUUUGAUUUGUGUGCUUACUGUCUAUAAGUCUUGAUUCAGCAUUGUUUGCAUACUGAGGGGUAGUUAAUGUACUGUAGAGCUAUCCUAAGCCCUGUGUCAACCCUCUCCUUCCAGGUAUGGGUCCGAUGCCGUGGACAAUCAACUCUGAGAUUUACCCCCUGUGGGCCCGGAGCACAGGGAACGCCUGUUCAGCUGGAGUCAACUGGACCUUUAACUUCCUGGUCUCCAUCACCUUCCUCCACGUGGCCCAGUACCUCACCUACUACGGUACAGACCAGCUAAUCACUGAUCAAUACCCCCUUACAGGACACCCUUGAUCAAUCAACCUGAACAGCAGGCCUGCUUUUACUGCAGGAUCUGACUCUUGUUGGACAUUUGAUUAAUCUAGAGAGAGACUUGAGACUUAUAGGCUCAGUGUGUAAUGAAUGUAGUUUCAUCAUGUUUGAUUACUUGCUGUCAUUUAAUAAUGCGCAGUAGAUACUGGAUAGUGCUUGACUGAAUUUUACACUGUUGCAGACUAGAACUGAACUCUGCUGUCAGUACAGGAAAACCUUGGGUCCUUCCUGGUCAAGUCACUUAUGGUAGUCAGGCAAAAACUAUAGGUCCUAAUAAUGACUGACAAAUAAUGUGUUGUUGAUUUUGUAGUUGUUGUUGUUAUUUCCCAGGAGCGUUUUUCCUCUACUCCAGCCUGGCUCUGCUGGGGUUCUUCUUCAUCUACGGCUGUCUGCCUGAGACUAAGGGCCGGAGGCUGGAGGAGAUUGAGUCCCUGUUCGACAACCAGCUGUGCUCCUGCGGGGCCACAGACUCUGACGAGGACCGGCAGGUGGAGUACAUC